ACAGCCUCCCGGUAUAUAAAAGUCUCCGUCUCCAGACGGAGAUUUACUCCCCGUCCAACACAGCAUAGACUCCAACACAUACAAAUAUAAAAGAUGGCUUGGGUCCGGGAAUGUCAGUUUCAAUUUAACACUCACAAUCACAAUUGCAAGUAUUCCAAUUUUCUCUCUCAUUCGCAUCUUUAGUGAUCCUAUUCAUCAUCAUCAUCAUCAUCAUCAUCAUCAUGGCUGCGGGCAAUCUUCAUACUGUUGCUUUCUUUGGUGCCACUGGCGGAUGUAAUUUGGCCUGUUUAGUUCAAGCUUUGGAGGCUGGCAUUUGUUGUUCUGCUUUGGUUCGUGAUCCGACCAAGCUCCAGAAUCUACUGCGCCAACGGGGUAUUUCCGAAUCAGUCACCGCAGACAAGCUCUACAUUGUGAAAGGUAGCGUCACGGACCUUGACGCAGUGCAACAGACACUCAUGUACAAUGGCCGACCCGUCGAUAUAAUCAUCUCCGGCGUCGGCGGCAAGCUCAUUUUCACGAACCCGCUCAGACCAAAGCUCGACAACCCGACUAUCUGCCAAGACGCCGUUAGAACUAUACUCGCGGCAUCCAGAGCACUUGGUGUGAAGCCAGUGCUCGUCGCUAUCAGCUCGGUAGGGUUGACUACCAAGAAGCGAGACUCGCCGAUUGCUCUGUUGCCCUUGAAUUACUGGCUGCUGAGGGAGCCACAUGCGGACAAGAAAGUCAUGGAGGAGACUAUCUUCGAUGAAAUGAGGAGGCCCGAAGAGGAUAGGGCUAUUCGGGAUUAUACCCUUGUUCGUCCUAGUUGGUUCACGGAUGGUGAGGGAGUUGGCCUGGGUAAGAUUAGGGCUGGGACGGAGAUGAACCCGGCGGUUGGGUAUACUAUAUGUCCCAAUGAUGUUGGCCUUUGGAUCUUUGAGAACUUCCUUCGUCGGCCAUUGCAGCUGGAUAACCCGUAUCUGGGACGGCCGAUAACCAUCACUGCUUGAGGGGGGAUGAAGGGAGUGAGGUUAUGGUGAGCAUAGAGUCAAAGUUUGAUUGUUGUUCCUGUCUUUUCUCUCUUUGCUGUUGGAGAUGAAUACCCUCUGUUUCUGUGUCCUUGUUGUUUUUAUAUGAUUUCUUGGAAGUUUAAAGCUACAUAUGCCAGAUUGAUGUCUUUCAACUGUGAGCUAGAGUAACA